GGUGCCAUGACGCAGCAGCCCCAGGAGGCCUUUGACCAGAGCGUGGAGGAGGCUCACACGUGGAUGGCGGCUGUGCACCGGCGCCUGCAGAUCAAUGACAACACCCAGGGACCCCGUGCCGCCCUGGAGGCCAGGCUGCGUGAGACCCAGGAAAUCUGCCAGUUGGAGCCCGAGGGGCUUGUGAAGGUGGAGCUGGUGCUGUGUGCAGCCGAGGCUCUCCUGGGGCACUGCCUGGAGACCCAGAAGCCUGAGAUCGUGGCCCAGCUGAAGGAGGUCAAGGCCCGGUGGGAGGAGACAGUCACCUACAUGACUCAUUGUCACAGCCGCAUCGAAUGGGUGUGGCUGCACUGGAGCGAGUACCUGUUGGCCCGAGAUGAUUUCUACCGCUGGUUCCAGAAGGUGAUGGCCACGUUGGGGCCCCAGGUGGAGCUGCAACUGGGCCUGAAGGAGAAGCAGUGGCAGCUGAGCCAAGCCCAGGUGCUGCUGCACAACGUGGACAACCAGGCCAUCCUCCUGGACCGGCUGCUGGAGGAGGCGGCCGCCCUGUUCAACAGGAUUGGAGACCCAAGUGUGGAUGAGGACGCCCAGAAGAGGAUGAAGGCUGAGUACGACGCUGUGAAGGUCAAAGCCCAGGCUCGGGUGGCCCUGCUGCAGGAGAUGACCCAGGAGCACGAGCAGUACCAGGCGGGCGUGGACGAGUUCCAGCAGUGGCUGCGGGCAGUGGUGGAGAGGGUGGACAGCUGCAUGGGGCGGCACUGCAAGAUGACCAGCCCGCAGUGCCUCGCCGCCCUGCAGGACAUCGCCAACGUGCUCCCGAGGGGCGAGGGGUCCUUGACGAGGCUGGAGGAGCAGUCCAGGGGCGUCAUCCAGAACACUUCUCCCUUGGGGGCCGAGAAGAUAGCCCAGGAACUGAGCGAGCUGCGCAGAGUCCUGGAGAAGCUUCGCGGCCUCUGUGGGAAGGAGGAGGAGAGGCUGCGGCAGGUCCUGGCCGCCCAGGGUGCCAGCAGGCAGCAGAUCGGGCAGCUGGAGGCAGAGCUAGCAGAGUUCCAGAAGGGGCUCGGGCUGCUGGCCGAGGAGGUCCUGUCCCCUGCGACGGAGGCCGGCACGGAGGACGAGCUGGUGGCCCGCUGGAGACGCUACUCGGCGACCCGGGCGGCCCUGGCCGCCGAGGAGCCCCGGGUGUCCCGGCUGCAGGCCCACAUGAAGAAGCUCCUCGUCUUCUCCCAGGACCUGCAGCCCCUCUUGGACAGCGUGGUGGCCGCCCUGCAGGAGUACCAGAGCCUGAAGGGGCAGAGUGCCAGGCUCUGCAAUGCCACCUCUGCGGAGCUGCUGCAGCGCUUCCAACGACCCCUGCAGGACCUGCAGCUGUGGAGGGCACUGGCCCUGAAACUCCUGGACAUCACCACCAGCCUGCCAGACCUGCCCUCCAUCCACACCUUCCUGCCUCAGAUCGAGGCAGCCCUGGCUGAGAGCUCCCGCCUGAAGGAGCAGCUGACCAUGCUGCAGCUGAAGGCAGGCCUGCUGCACAGUGUCCUGGGCCAGGAGCAAGCCCCGGGCCUCCUAGAGCAGGUGGCCAGUGCCUUGAGGGCCCGGGACCUGCUGCACAACAGCCUCCUGCAGAGGAAGAGCAAGCUGCAGAGCCUGCUCUCCCAGCACAAGGACUUCGGGGCGGCGCUUCUGCGCCUGCAGGAGAAGCUGGCAGCUCUGGAGGACAGGCUGCAGGCUGAGGACUGGCCGCAGCGGGAUCUGCUGGCGAAACAGGCCCAACUCUCCAGGUUGCAGGGGCUUCAGGAGGAGGGGCUGGACCUGGGGGUGCAGAUGGAGGCUGUGAGGCCUCUCAUUCAGGGCAACGCCAGCCACCAGUACAAAAUGGACCAGCUCUCCUCCCACUUCCAGGCCCUGCAGCAGUCUCUGGAGGACCUGCUGGAGCAGAGUCGGCAGGCAGUUCGGGAGCACGGCGCCCUCAGUCAUGAGCUGCUGGAGCUGCAGACGCGGACGUCCCUGCUCACCCAGAAGCUGGAGGCCCUGCGGGGAGCCUCCGGCCCGUGGGAGGCGGGCAUCCCAGAGGCCGAGGUCGAGAGGCUGCUGGCAGAGAUCCCGGAGUGGGAGGCCCGGCUGCCCCUGCUGGAAGCCCGCGGCCGCCUGGUGGUGGAGACCUCGUCUCCGGACGGGGCCGCUUUGGUCCAGGAGCAGAUGGCGGAGCUGACGGAGGCGCGGCGGACCCUGAGACUGCUGGAGGAGCACCUGCUGAGCCUCCUCAGAGACUGGAAGUUGCAAAGACUGACCGAGGACCCCGCGAAGAAGGUGGCAUUCUCCAACAACAUCCCCAAGUCUGGUUUCCUCAUCGACCCUCUGCAUCCCACUCUCAGACAGCGAUACCGGGGACGGCUGCCCCAGGAUGAAGGAGACGGCCAGGGGGAUUUCUCCCAAGACCGGAGGAACUUUGAGCAGAUGCUGCAGGAGGAGAACUCCAACCUGGUUAGAAUCAUCGCCAUGAGAAUCGCCACCACCGAGGACUUGAGGGCCAGAGACGGGAAGCUGCAGGAGCUGGAGGCCCGGGUCCCUGAAGAACAGCGGCGUUUUGAGAAGCUCCUUCAUGUCGGGCUGGCCCGGGGGACGGAGGACCAGCUGGAGGAGCUGCGCUACCGGUGGAUGCUGUACAAGUCCAAGCUCCAGGACGCCCGCCACCUGCUGGUGGAUGCCCGGCACAGCCACAGCCCCGCCCCCGGGGAGGAGCCACGCGGGUCCAAGCUCACCUGGAAGGCCCAGAGUCCUCCAGGGGAGCUGAGUGAAUUCCAAAAGGCUCUGCGGGGUCGGCGGCGGCGAGGCCUCUGCGCCCUGCUGCGGAAGGUGUGCUGCGUGGCGCUCCCUCUGCAAGGGCUGCUGCUGCUGCUGCUGCUGCUGCUGCUCCUGCUGCCCGUCGGGGAGGACAACCGCAGCUGCUCCCUGGCCAAUAACUUCGCCCGCUCCUUCAAGCUCAUGCUGCGCCACUAUGGGCCCCCGCCCAUCUAGCCCCCGCCCACGCAGGUGACUCUGCUCUCCAGCCUCCCUGACAGCCCCGGGCCGCUGCAGAGGGUGCCCAGGGAGCUGGAGCCCGGGGACGCAGGGGGCCUACCGUGACCAUGUUCCAAGAACCAGGUUCAUUUGUUUGUGCCGGGCCAUCUAGGGCUCUUUAUCCUGAGCAACUGUGUGGGGGGCUGCAGAACCAGGCGCAGGACUGGUAGCUAGCGGUUCCAUCUGUAAAUGCCCAGUGCUUGUGUUUCCGUCAUGGGGGAAAUCCUGGGCCGCUGUAGCCUCUCUGCCAUGAUCUGCAAGCCAUCCCAGAAAUCAGCAAGGAUGACAUCUCACAUGGAGGGCCACCCUGGAUUCAGAACCCGGCCCCUGGCCCUCCAUACACCACCUAGAAACUGGGCCCACGCUCCCUGGGACCUGAGGGCAGGAGCUGGACUCCCCCUUUCCCAGGGAAUUCUAGGAUGGUGCCGGAAAACGUUGCAACUGGACACGCCCCCUUCGUCAGCACUGUGUUCCCUUAAAGGGGGGCCUGAGUGCCCCUCUGUACCAAGGGGUUUAGUCUGUUCAGCUACAAAAGGAGAGGGGAAGGUCUCCCCAAUCCCGGUCCUGAACUUGGGAAUGAAAGCAAUGUAGACACAGGAGGGAAAUGGAAGUCCAAGAGGGUCCCAGGGCCCUGCCCUUGGUCUACCUGCCACCCUCUGGGUAUUCCGUGGGCCAGAGGGCGCUGGGCUCAGGCUCAGGGCUGCCCUGAGCCUGGAGAAUCCUGGAAGGGCAGAGGGAGACCCUGCACGGGCCUAAGCCCCUUCAAACUCUGUUUUCUCACUACCAUCCACCCACUUCUCAGAGGGGAGCGCUGAGGCCCGGCAGGCCCAGAGCAGGGAAGGAGCUUCAUCAUGGCCACAUGGCCAGAGGCAGCAAGGCCAGGGCCCAGCUCGGUCACCUAGACUGCGUGUGUCACCCCCUACCCCACCCACCCCGUGUCACUAACUCAUCAGCAUCCGUGCUACAUGCCAUCUGGGCCCUGUGUUGGGGACCAGGGACUGCGGUUGGCGGGUGGGAAGAGAGCGUCUGUGUCUUUUUAAACCCUGGAUUCUGCUUGUUUGCAUACCUGUGUUUUUUACCAAAGAAAAUUGAUAUUUUCAUGGCUUUUCUAUAAAUACAGUUGGGAUCUCACGGUCCGCCUGCAGGUGCUUUCCCACCUAACUAACCUUCGCCUUUGCUUGAGUGGGCGCAGGUGGGGUGUCUUACGGUUCCCGGCUCCACCCCUGAGGCCACCACCACCCAGCAGCAUGUCGGGGACCCCACAGGUGGCUCUUCUGUCCAGGGGAGUGGGAGUGGCCUCAUAGUGGGGGAUAGAAAUGUGCCCAGCUGCGUGUGUGUGCAUGUGCAUGCAUGCAUGCAUUCGUAUGUGGGUGUGUGGGCACACACCAGUGUGAGAGACAGAGAAGGUGGCAGAUGGGGCAGGGAGGAAGGAGAGAGACACUAGUAGAGAGAGUAACAGAGAGAGAGACCAAGAGCGAGAGAAGGUGAUGGACAGAGCA